AUGGCUGGUGAGGACAGUUUUAUAGUGUUGGUUCACCACAGAGGAUCGAUUAAGAGGAAAACUCGGUUAGGUGUCAAGUUCACCGAUAAGGAUCCUCUCUGUAUUAUCGUGAGUUCUACAACGAGCUAUGAUGACCUUGCUAGGUAUGUACUGGAAAAACUUGGUCUGGAAGGUGUUAAAAGGGUAAAGAAGUUUUUCUAUCGCAUUCCAAUCACGGUGCUCCAAGAUAGCGUAAAGUAUUAUAGUUUCACGAUCGGGAAUGAUGAGGACUUGCAGGUCAUGUUUCUUUGUCGCCGGCAGUUUCCCGAAGUUCGGACACCGGAGCUGUUGGCAAAGCUGGUUAAUGUGGUGUCCAGCUCAGGGGGUUCGAACCGGAACACCAACACUUUAGCGACGGUUGCUGGUUCUAGCUCAAGACCUGCCGUUGCAUCUUCCUCAGUCCCUGCUUACGAGCCACCCGCCCCGCAUGUUGCCUCCCCUUCGUUCGCUAUUUAUCUCAACGGCAGUGUUGGCGACGAAGUUGGAACAGCGGAAUUUGUUCCUACCUCUGUACACUGUGCUGCACCGGCUGGGGCUGGAGAUGGAUUGUUUGAUGAUGUAGAGGACGAUGAUGUCGAGCCGGAUAUGAUUGCUGAUGAUAGUGGCGAUGAGAUCGGAGCGAGUGAGCCUGCCAGUGCCGAUGGUGGCUCUAGCUCUAGCACGCAGCAGUACCCUCCACAUUUUUCAUCUUUGGACUUGGAUGCCAUGAGGCAGGCGGGGGUACCUGCAGGAUUUGGCACUAGAGAUGCUGAAGGGUCAGUUGGUAUGACAGAGUUUCAGGUUGGUCAGCAAUUUCAGGAUAAGGAUGAUGCCCUAUUAAGUGUGAAGACUUACAGCAUCCGCCGAGGUGUACAGUACAAGGUUGUGGAGUCUGAUUAUCGCCGUUUGAUGAGCGGAUAA